UGAACACGUCACGACCCUUGCGGAAGGGAACCACGUUAGAACUGUCUUCUGUGUCGGCGGGUCUGUGAAUGGAUGUCAUGAACUGUGAUGCUGUCUCAAGGUUGAGAGGAAUCAGCUGAACCGGAGGAGUCCUGGAGAAGGACCAUGGCUCUGAAGCUGAUCCAAAGACUUGUGCUGUUCAGAGAGUUCAGGAUUCAACGUUACCCUCCUGUUGGAUCCGUCUGCUCCUUGACCUCACUCCUGAGUACCAGCGGUGCAAGUCGGACCUUAUGUAUACCCUGCAAGACCACAAGACAGGGCUGCAGGAAGCUGCAUUCACAUUUUGGGCUUAGGAGCCUGGCCACCACCCUCAGAGAGCCUUUGUUUGUCACCUGCAGCUCUGUAGGACUCCAUAGAGAUUCAGUUCUUCAGUUCCGUCUGACCCAGCUGCACCGACCUACAGCUGCUGAGGAGCAAGCUUUCCAGCAGCAUUUGGGGAACUGCUCAUCAUCUCGGCAUGUCUUCAGACUUCUGCACUCAGUGAAGAUCAUGUCUGACACCAUGGCUGCAGCAGCACUUCACCGUGUAGCCGACUUGGAGCAGGAGGGAAACCAUCUGAAGGACCCCACAGUGCUGGAGACGGAUACCAUCAGAUCUCUGUGCUUUCAGCUGGAGCAGGACUCUGAGCGGCUGACAGAAGCUGGGUUGGUAUCAGCCCUCCUGGCCUGCACACGCCUCUUUCUGGAUCCCUGGAGCCCACUGAUGGUGAGACUGGUAUCUGAGAGCCAGAAGAGGCUGGACAGGGGGCAGAUGAGUGUAGGCCAGCUGUGUACUUUAGGCAGGGCAAUGCUGGCCAUGGAGGGCCCUGACUGUGUGAUGCUGGAGCAAGUGAUGGAGGAAAUCCAGAAGCAAGGGCCUGCCCAGUGGAGCCUAGCAGACCUCAUUGCUGUUUAUAGACUUUUGCAAGAUGGUGUGUGUAAAGAUGGAAAAUACGGGGACCUGCUGAAUGCCAUGCAUACCCACGCUGUGACAGUCACCUCCCGUAUGAGUCCUGCUGCUGUCAGCUUGCUGCUAAGUGCUCUUGUGGCCUUGAAUCAGACUCAGGCCAUGCCUCUGGUGAUCAGUCUGUGUAAGCAGGCUGUGCGCCAUGUACCCCACUUCUCUGAUGAGGAGCUCACUCUUGUGCUCGGCGCGCUAAUGCACUUUGGUCAUAGCGAUCAUUAUUUUGUGGAGGCAAUGGAGAGAUACGUGCCCACAAUGGCCUUCACCUUCCAUUCAGAGACUGUUACAAAAGUGAUGCAGUUCUACGGGCGGAGGAACAUUCUCUCCCCGUCUGUGUUUGAUGCCGUCGCUGAGAGCUUUGUGUACCGAGCUGAUGACUACAGUACCGGACAGGUGGCCAGGCAGAUCACGGCCUUUGGGAAGUUGGGCUACCUCCCACCUAAUGCCGGGGAAGUGUUCAGGAAAGUUGAAACCAUCCUGCACACACUGAAGCUUCUUCACUCAUGCACUCUAGUGGAGCGGUUCCCAGUUAAUUUUGUCUCCAAAGUCUUCAGCCGCUACUUCCUCCAGCAACUGCAAGCACAGGAAAGCACAGGAAUAGACCGGAUCGUUCUGGCACAGCUGACUCAGCUCUACAUGACUAUGAAGUUAGAGUGUCCUUUCUAUGAGGGUCCCAGGCUCCUCCCACAGUAUCAUGUGAAAUCUUUCCUCACAUCUGGACGCUCUCUGGAGACAGCCGUGGACGUACAUCUGUACAACUCUGUCAAAACUGGACUGACUGAUUUGUUCGGGGCUCGUUCGUACUUUGGAUCCAAGGUCCUGACACCAUACAGCUACACACUAGAUGUGGAGCUAAAGCUUGACGAAGAUGGAUACGUGCUGCCUGCCAGUCACAUUGAUGAUGUAUACAAGAGGAUAGCUCUUUGUAUUGACGGGGAAAAGAGGUUCACUACAAAUGUAAGGCAGCUACUUGGAAAUGAGAGCAUCAAGCAGCGACAUCUGAGACUUCUGGGAUAUGAAGUUGUUCAGAUUCCUUACUAUGAAUUUGAAAAACUGCCAGACAAGACCAGUGUGGUGGAUUAUCUGCACCAUAAGAUCUUCCCUCACAGUUACAGAUUGAGCUGGUGAUAAUAAAAGAAAACUUUUAAUUUAAA